AUGGAUGAUGGAUGCAAAUGGAAAGGGCAACUGAGACAUUUGGAGGUUACUGAUAGAAACUUAGUCAAAUGUCCACCACUACUGUAUUUAAACAAAACUGUCUUGAUGUUCUGUUCUGUCUUCCGCUGUUUGAGAGAAAAGUAUGAUAUUCUUAUUAAGGCAAAUUUCGAUAAAUGUCUUGGUGCGCUGCAUAGUUACAAACUUUUUCAUCACCUUUUCAGUUGUCUUGGAGCAUUUUUACAGUGAUCACUGGUUUACUAACUUAGAACAAACGCCGCUGAAUCGUAGCCAACAGUUACCGGCACCGUACAAACGACUUAUUGACGAAAUCAAGCAAAACCAACUUCGAGAGAACGACUGGACAACUGACAAUUUGACUAACAAUAGACGACUGUUUGAGUGAGACCAAAGACGGAUCGAAACGAUCCAAUUACAUUACGAGUCUUCAUAGCCAAUAACAACGCGACGACCAAUAACAUCGGACGUAAUUGACCAAUCAGGUCAAUAACCAGAGUAUAAUACCAUCAACUGACGUGAUACUGACUCACUUUGAUUCUGAAGAUGACUACCGCACAGGUUGUCGAAACGUCAGUAACCGUCAACAACAGUCCUAAUCAGGACUACGUUCAUCCGGACGAUCAAACUCAACCUACUUUUGACAGUGAUCACUGUUAUUAAGUUUUUCUAGCCUGAGUUUUGUGUUAAACGUGAACAAAUCUCCUGCGGGGUUUGUGGUUUCCCUGCAAGGUUUUCAAGCAUUUCGACGCCAUUUCCACUAAAAUGCAGAGAAUAGAAAUUGAUUUAUCUCAAUCGUACGAUAAUAAUUCUCUGAAAUAGUAGAUGCCCAGAGGCGUUUAUAGGACUGCCAUAAAGUUCAGGAUUGCUGGGCAGGUUUAUUGUAUUUCACUAAACUGAAAAUCUCUACAGAACAAGCAGCCAAACCCGCGCUUAUAAUAUUGAUAGAAGUAAAUAAUCCGUCACCCCUACCUUAAGCGCAAUCUCGGCUACUACUGUAGCUGUUUUUCGUUGCACCAUUAUGUCAUAUGACCAUUUAUGGAAAGCUUGGAUCACGUGUUGUCAGAAAUUAAACAGAGUUCUAGCUGUUGUUGUGAUCGAGUCGGUGCGAUAUGUUUUCGCCUAGUUUCUAACCGCUACAAAUCUGGUGGAGAACCUAAAAUCCGGAAAUGGCCACCGUAGAAGAAUUACAAGGUUUCGUAGCAGACCUUACCGCAAUUUUCAAGCAGCAGGCGGAAGCACAGAACGCAACAAACACUCAAAAUCGCUAAACUCACGGAAGCGUUGCUCGCACAUGGCAGACCUCCCGCAGCUCAUGCUACAGCCCAAGUAACUUCCCCGUCUUUACGAAUGCCUGCUCUUCAACUCCCGCAAUUUUGUUAUGACCAGAACACUCACGACGACGUUAACGAAUUACUCUAAUCUUCGAUGUCCAAACGACCCAUUUGCAAGCCGCAACUAAGCUCACCUUGCUGCAACAAGCAUGCAUUGGCGAAUGGCCAAAUUCCGUGUUGUCAAUGGAAAAGACUAAAUUCACAGAUGAAACAACACCUCUCCAGAAGCUGGAAGGUUUUCAACAAGCUUAAAAAACAGCAUUUGCCAAACCACGAGAAGUACAACGCCGUCGGCUGGCGUCUGAGUUUUCUACGAUGAAACAGCGAGUUACAGAAUCGAUCGAUCGCUUGGAAUUUCGCUUCAAAAACAACCUUCACCGCCUUGCUAAGUUGGGCGAACCCGUGGACAGAAACUGCCUCAGUUCAUCUUGUCGCAGUUUAUCUCCAAAACAAAACCAGACAUUCAAAACAUUUGGUGCUUAAAGCAGAAGAAUACAAAGAUCUUUCUCAGAUCGUCGAAGCCGCAAAACGAAUCGAGAGUUCGUUCAGCUCCUCGCACAGUCAACCCAAUAAACAAUCGCCGGAACAAACUAACGCUCUUUCCACUAAUCCAGCUCCUGGUUUUCCUCGUGGUCGCUGCAAAGGACCCCGCUGUUAUAACUGCAAUUUCUAAGGCCAUACCAAAGGCAACUGCUCCGAAAAAACGUAGAAAAACCACAAUUCUACGAAUCCCCAAAGAAGUAACGAGGUUUGCCGUUUAUGGAACAAACAUCAAUGACCUCCCUGCGUCUUACCAGACCAGUCAUGCAGAUAUGGCCGUCUUCGCAACUGUAACACUUGUUCCAAGCCGGGUCGCAAGGAUCUUAAUCGUGCAAACACUCUUCCACCUGUUGCAAACUCCUGCGAAGUUCAACCACCACAGGCAACCCAACCGAGACCACGCACUUCUCAGCCACCAUCUUCAGGUGUUUAGUCUCAGUCAUCCAACCCUCCGCUAUUUCUGAUGCCGACUUUACCACAUUCUUCAAAUGAACUGUCUGUUAACCUGAAUCGUUCUAUUUUGACAUGUCAAGUCACUUCAGCCGGUAAAGUCCUUCAGGUACCGCUUGAUUCCUGUUGUUCUGUUACACUGUGUAGCCUGGAUCACGCACAGCACGUGCACUCCGCAAGACCUGAAUUGAAGUACAAGAAACUUGAACAGCUUAUUCCAUUACAAAUGGCUGACACUAGUGCCUCUCUGAAUGCUGUUGCUUUCCAAGAGGUACCAAUUACCUGGCUUCCAAACGUAGAAACAGUUUAUGUCGCUCUUGUCGUCUCCAAUAUGUUUUGGCCACUUUUGUUUGGCGAAAAUCACUUACCAGCUACUCACGCCUUGUCUGACCACAGAGAAAAAACGGUGACAAUCCGUCACCCUGCUAUGAAUUUUACUAUUUCAUGUGAUAAAGCACCCGUCUCACAGGAACCCCACGCUGCAGUUACCUGCCUUCUCAUUUGAGACCCAAAUAGCCACGCCGCACCCAUUAAGACCACCGUUUACUGCGGUCUAAACCUACUAACAGUUUAUCUCACCUUAAGUGCGACAUCCAUCGGGUUUCUUGGAAACGACUUAUGGCUAUAACUGGUCAUGAGCUCGAACCGGGUGUAAGAGUCCUCGAUGGCAUCUUCAGAGCAUCCGCAUUACGAACUGUCAUGGACUUCCCUUCUGACACAGACACCUCCGAGGGUGAUCCUCCUAAUUUUCAGCAACUCAGAGCUAUGAAUGUUCUUAUGCACUGCACAAAGAAGAGCACUCAAGUUGAUUAUUCCACCUUUGGUUGUCUAUCUUGCACUGCUCAAAGUAAAGCUGAUUUGCAGGAUGCACUACACCACACAGCUGACAUCCUUUCUUCAUUACUCGAUGCCUAUGACUCGCACUUCUGUCAGCCUUCCGUCGAUGUAUUUCCUCUCACAGAAGAACCCCUUACUCUCCUAGGAUCCAACAGACAAGACUUGGUCACUCUUCAACUCCAAGACCCAACCUUAAAGCUCAUCGACCAGUAUCUAUCAGCCGGAAGUAAGAAGUCUGCCUUUCAUGACUUGUCAUCUCACAAACUCGUAUUCAAAACCUGGUACGACGAUGGCUUAGUUUGGAAGGACGUGUUAUGUAUUCAGACGACUUUCUUAACGACCCUAGCCACCUUCGCAUCUUCGUUCCCAACAACAAAGACUUGCAGUCCCGGUUACUGCGCGCAUAUCAUUACUCGCCACUCGGGAUGCAUAGAGUACGAGAUAAUACCUACCAUGCCCUCGCUAGAUAUUUCUAUUGGACAGGGAUGGGAAGGCAAUGAAACGCUGGGUUGCAAGAUGUCGAGAAUGCCUCAAGCAUAAAUCCGCGAUCAGCAACAUGGUCUCAUGCAUCCUCGGUUCCAUGACAAACCAAUAGACCUAUUCGGCUAACUCAAUGUUGUACCCAAUUCAAACCCUUUGGGAAUAAAACAUUUUGUUUCAGGAAUUUCCAUAUCAUUUAAAUGUGAAUGCCACAUUGUAAUGCAAAUACAAUACACAAAGAAUCUUAUCCCGGGAGAUUUGAAUUGGGUACAACAUUGAGUUAGCCGAAUAGGUCUAUGAAAGUACUUGGAAUUGGCUUUGCUGGACCAUUCCCGAAAUCUGCCAUAAGGAACCGCUAUAUACUUACCGCCGUCUGCCCAUUCUUUCACGUCCUGGUAGCAAUACCAACGGCAGAUCGGAGUGCUACUACAGCUGCAAGGACAUUGUUUGAUAAUGUAAUCCUUAAACUAGAUUUUCCGUCCACUCCUCUUAGUGACCUAGGAGGAGAGUUCUUAAACGCUGUACUACGUGAAGUCUCCAGACUCUUGUCCAUUAAACAAGUGUUUACGUCCAGUCAUCACCCUCAAGCUAAUGGCGCUACAGAAUGUGUUCGCCGCUUCAUGAAUUUGGCUCUUGCUAUUUUCGCGUCCAAAUGGCAAUAACAAUGAGAAGACUACUUACAGCCAGCAGUGUACUCGCACGACAUCUCGGCUAUCGAUGGCAGUGAUGGUAUCACACCAUUCUUCCUCGUGUUUGGCCGUAAUGCAACAUUACCAGAGACAGUUGCUCUUCAGCUCCCAGGCGAGCCAAUCAGCGAGAACGAAUAUGCAAAACAUUUAGUUCAAAGGAUUUCAGAGGCACACAAACUGUUCUCCAGCAUCAAAAAGGACCUAAGGAGAAGGCAACGAGAUUAUCACGACUUGUCUGUUAACGUUAGAGAAUUUUCUGUCGGACAACAAGUCCUAGUCGUUGCAUUAUAUUGUUACUUUUAAGAUACUGUGUACUAGUAAGUAGGCACUGUGUAAUUGUUAGGCUAUGGUUACUGUGUAAGUGUGUAAGUAAGUCUAUUUUAGUAAGUAGGCACUGUGUAAUUGCUAUGCUUUGGUUACUGCGUAAGUGUGUAAGUAAGUUUAUUUUAGUAUUAUUAGUGUAAUAGUAAGUAUGCACUGUGUAAUUGUAGUUUUAUAGGAAAUAAACAGACAUAUUAAAAAAAAAAAGAAAAAAAGUCCUAGUCAGAAAACCACCUCCUUUAAACGUACAAAAGGGAUCAGCUACUAAACUCAUCAGAAGAUACUCCGGACCUUAUGUCGUCAGCGAGCGUCUGAAGAAUAGUGAACUUUACCGUCUAAGGCACGUCAUAAACCAAUGACGAAUUACCUCCUACUAACGUUGAGAAGCUGAUACCAGUUCCAGAAGCCAAACCGGCGAACUAAUAGAGUCCUUGUACAAGGAGCAUCUCUUCCUGCUCAAUCAAGGGAGAGAGAGGAACAAUACAAACCUGGUCAAUUCAUCAUAUGCCUUCCCAAGAGCAACAAUCAAGCAGACGAGGGGAUCUCACUCAAACUGUUCCAGUAUCUUGAACCCCUAGGCAAGGCUCCAGUUAGCGAAGCUUGCAAGCAUCUGUGCUUCGUCUACACAGCAGCCAAGCAAAUUCUCGCCAAACUUGGAAGGAUGCGCGGUCUCACAGCACAUUACCCAUACUUAUCUCUCGAAGGAGAUUCCUCUAGAGGAGCUUAUUAUCUAGUCUUAGAUCAAGCUGCAUAUCGACGGUCACCGAUCAAGGGAUCCUGGUUGGAGAAAUUGUGGAAGCCGGUGAAGUCCAAGACACUGUUGUAGUUCACACCUAUGGUCCUACUGGACGUCGCACAAGACUUGCAUUUGGAAACCUGUCUUCAACCAUGAUUUGUCAGGGAAAGCUGUCCCUAUGGGCAAAGACAAGCGCUUGAUGGAAUAUAGCCCAGACUUUGACCGCGUCGAGUUUAGACAAAUACUAUCACCGUGCGAGACACUCUAGAACAAUUGUUGUCUGUUAGAGACGUGGACGAAGCAGUGACAAAGUUAUUUGUUAACAUUAGGUCGUUGCACGUUUAGAGACUAACCUACGCUCGAACUUAAUCGUGAUUUUAGAUGCUUAAAAUUAGUGUAUUCUAGUUUUAGGACCUUAAGCAUAUGAAUAUAUUUUAUUGUACUUUUCCUCGCUCCUGUUAGAAGGGAAGGAAUUUAGCCGUUUUUCCUCACAGAGUUCUAAUUGUUGUGAAGAUCGAGUUAGCGCGAUAUGUUUUCUCCUAUUUUCUAACCGCUACACUACUCCCGGGUUGGGGGAGGGGGUGGUGGGCAGGGGGCUAGCUUUUCAUAUAUUCUAAUGACCAGCUUAACACACACAUGUAUGUGCACAUUGUAUUAAUUGUAUUGUUAUCAUUGCUAUCUAUACUCUUAAUUAUAGAUGCACCAUAACAUCAGUUGUGAUUUUGUUAAAGUCCGAUGUGUCUAUACUGGUUGUAAUGUUGUGGUAAAGAAAGCUGAUCUUUCUUGGCACUUGGAAAAUGAUCAUUCCGUCAACGUGAGUAUAGUAACAGUGUUAACGAUCCUCUAGGAAACGUUAGUAUAGGCAUCUACACAUAUAUUGAAAAGACUUUAUGGAAAGCGGUUGCAUACGGUACUUACACACGAGAUUGUUGUUUAUUGUUGAUAAUAUUCUGGCAGAUCCCGGGAAGAGGCCCGGGGACCGGGCCCCCAUUAUCUUUAGACCAAACUCUAGGCCCGAAGGGCCGAAAAAAUGUGUUUUGGAGACCCCCCCGGCACUGAUAUUAAGUUUCAUAUACAAGGGGUCAGGUAGAUUUAUUUUUCGCAAAAAGGUGAACAUGAGAUUGCAAUUGUUUGAACUAAACAAAUACAUGGGAACAUUGAACAUGCAUGCGCUAUUUUUAAUACUUCAGUGUGAUUUACCUAUUUUCAUCCCAAAUUUUGACUGGUAUAUAUAGUUUUUGAAAUCCCAAAAUUUAGCCUCCCAGCAGACGUUCUGGAUGUUGAGUAAUUUGUGAACCCCCCUGUCGAGUAUCGGUCGACACUAACGGGCGAUACUCGAUCAACGUCUUGGCCGAUAUGUCGGCCGACACUCGGUUGCCGUAUCAGUCGACAUAUCGACCGACUCUUGGUCGACAUGUUCGAGCGAUAGUCGACCGAGUGUCUGGCUGACAUGUCGACCGACAGAUCCGUCGAUAGUUUUGGUCACUAUGUUGACCGAUAGUCAGCCGACAUGUUGAUCGAUAGGCUACCGACAUUCGGUCGAUACUUCACUGAUACGUAGUCGACGGUAUACUUUUUGUUUACUCAAAUUUUUGUGGUUACGUUGUCUAUGCAGCAAUUUUUAAGGGGCUUUGACGGCUUUUACUAGUCUAAUGUGAGAGUAUAAUUUGAAGUGUGUGCGCGGUUUAUUUUUUUGGAAAACAUAGGGACCGCUUUGGCAUCGCCUUUGAGAGGUAUUCAACAACAAUCUAACGUUAUAACAUCUGUAGAACCACGGUAGAAAUCCAACAAGUUGACGCGGCGAGGCUGAUCUGGCAGGAACAACAAAGUGGAAACUAUUAAUUUUCAAACCCCGCACUGCAAUAGCUCGCGUGUAACACUGGAACCCAGCUCCCCUGUUCUGAUUUUAAAACACAAAUUAUAUUAUACAUGUAUUGUACUACAGUCGACCGAUAUGCCACCGAUAGUCGUCCGAUUUUCCACUGACAGUUGACCGAUAUUCCACCGACAACUGACACUCCCCGUAUCGGCCGAGUGUCGACCGGUGUACUGACCGGUGUAUUGGCCGACGUAUCGGCCGAUUGUCGUCCAACUUGUCGAUCGACAUGUUCACCGAUAUGGCGAUCGAGAAUCGAUCGAUACUUCGACACGUCCACCGACAUAUCGGCCGAUAGUGCUGACCGAUACUCGACCGAGGGGUGCACAAAGUACAGAAGAUCCAACGUUCUUAAGGGUUCGUCGAGCGUUCCUGCCCCACAAACGGCUGUUGAAUCGAGUGGUAAAAAACAUGGACCAAUCAUAGCACACUUCCAGAUCUGGGAAGCGCACUUUCGAACUUGGGAACUUUCGCGCGAGACUUAGCUCCACAAAAGAUCAGAAUGGUCUCGAAAGGUGAAGACCUACAAACUACUCAGUUAACUCACACGCCUUCGUACCAGAGACUUCCCUCACGAUCUCAUUAAAAACAUUACCUCGGAGGUUUAAUUUGCUGAACGGAAGUCGGCUUUAAUACAAAACAAUAAAGUGCGAAAAAAAUUCUGCCUUUUGUCCAGUAACAACUUCCGCCGUUGCCGCACCCACAGAACAACUUUUUGAGCAAGUGACAUCCGAUCAAGCCUUUUCAAAGAUCUAUAUACAAAACGCCAAUUCUUAUCUCCUAUCUAUUCUGGUCGGGAGCUAAACUCUUUGGUCAUGUUUCACACUCUAACGAGCUUGCACGUAUGUGUUUGGUUUGAGUGAGUUGUCAACUCUUUGACUUCAACAGCGCUGAUUGGCUCUCUGAUAAUCUGCACGUUAUCUCCAGCUGAUAUUUGCAAACAAUGGGAAAGGAAUUUAACCGAUCGAUUUAGCAGACUUUUGUGGGGCAGGAACGCGAGACGAACCCCUAAGAACAUCUGCCUGGGAGGCUACCCAAAAUUGGGUUUAGCUGUUUAUACAUGAGGAUGAUGAAAGAAACAAAUUGCUGCUGAAAUACCGAAAUGAUGUGCGCAAUUGGGUCUAUCCUAUAUAGAUUCAGUUACCUUUGUCUUGUCUUUAGACAUACAAAUUUACUUAAUUUGCCGUAAAAGUAGAGUGAACAUAAACUCACCAAAUAUUGCCUUUUAUUUACUUGGGAAUAAUGAUCUCCAUAGGCCCUACCGGCUAGGCGUACGCGAGAAAUGUGUAUAUAUAUAUUUUACUCUGAACUGUACUCAUCUACAGAACGCUAGAAAAGUUUACACAUUUUGCGCGUUUUCUUUUAGUUAGCAGAUCGCCAGAUCCCAUUAGGCUGCGAAGCGCUAGAAGGACCGUGUCCAUUCUCCCAGAUUGGUUGUUCCAAGACUGAGGUAAGAAUACUUUUCCUUUCGUUUCGCUUUGUUUUCUUUUACUUUCUUCUUUUCUGGAUAACAAUGAUACCUUGCAAGAGCACAAUCUAUUCUCUCAAAGGCGAUUUUCACACUUGUGCUUUAUAUAGUUUUAACAACACUAGUUUCAUCUCAGUGGACUUCCUGUGCCCAAUUCUGUUAACGAUUAAAAUCAUUUUAAAAAGUUUUAAAAGUCGAUUUGCAAUUUUUUGGUUAAAAGUUAUUUAUAUAUGCUUUAAUAGAGUAUUAAAGUGAUGACGUCAUAAAAAUGAAAUUUCUGAAUUUAUGGGAUUUGUCAGGAUAUUCUGAAAGAACAAUGUCCAAGAGGCCUACUUGCCAAAAAUGACCAUUUCGGGGCAAAUUGUCUCUGAGAUGUUAGCCGGUUAUACUCAGAAAACUCCAUACAAACCCUAAUUUUUGGGGGUCGACCCAAAAAAAUUUAGAAGGGUUUGUAUGGAGUUUUCUAAGCAUAACUGGGCUACGAUCUCAGGGACAAUUUGCCCCGAAAUGCUCAUUUUGGGUAAGUAGGCCUCUUGGACAUUGUUCUUUCAGAAUAUCCUGACAAAUCCCAUGAUUUCAGAAAUUUCAUUUUUAUGACGUCAAGGAAUCGAGUUAGAACAAAUGUGAGGCACAUUUAUGCUGCAAUUUUUGUUUCGCUGUAAGAAGCUGAAAAAAUGUAUUCUUUUAUUUCGUUCACUAAACAUUUUACGGAAAUGACGUUAAGGUAAUUACUCAUAAACGCUUCCCUACGUUUUAGCUGGCAGAUCAUCAAAAUCCCAUCGUGGGAGACUGUGAGGGAGUACAGGGUCCCUGUCCAUUCUCACAGAUUGGAUGUUCCAAGAAAGAGGUUAGUGGUUAUAAGUGUUUUGGCCGUUGUUAUGUCGUUUUAUUGUUGCUGCUGCUGCUGUUGUUGGUGUUGUUGUUGUGGGGGGUGGGGGAGGUGGGUUAUUAAAAUAGUACGUUGCCACUGGAAUUAUAUUUUAAUGGGUAUCAGUUUUUCAGCGAACGGGAGUUUUAAAAAACACGUUUUUGAGUCUUCAUAUUGUUGACAUUCUUUGACGUUCCCACAAACCACGUUUUAAAUUUUAUCAGAUACUCAACCAGAGGGAGAAACGGGAACAUUUGACACAAGAAAUAGUUCGGCACAAUAUUCUUGUUCUUCACUUUGCUCUUGGUAUCAGCAAAGACUUAGAAGCCUUUGUUAGACCUGAUCCCAGGGUUAUUUCAAGAAGUCCUCAGAUGUUUGCAAACUACGACAGUGUCGUUCAAGAUCUUCUUGGCCGGAUGCAGAAUAACUCGGAGACAACGAGGAAUUUGCAAGAAAAAAUACGAGAACACAGUGAAAGGAUAACCUCAUUAGAGAGAAAAAUGGCUGUGGUUAAUGUAUCAGGAGCAGCUGCAGCAUCCGCUACAAGGCCAUCUGAUGCCGACGGCAGUUUACCAAAUAUGGACAUAACAAGACGAAUCACCAAUCUCGAGAACAAAACCGUUGACCACGAAGUACUUUUAGCUGAAAGUAAUCGCACUAUAGCGGAGACAAGUGGGGAAGUUGGAAUGGUUAAAAGACAAGUAGACAAGAUGAAUCGCAAAGCGGAGCUGAAUGCACGAAAUGGGGUGAGGUGGAUGCAGUCAAUCGAACAUGAAUUAACUCUUAGAAGUGUUACCGUGGCUGACUUGGAGGAGUACGUUAGGCAACAGGACUUUUCGAGCUAUGAUGGCCAGUUGCUAUGGAAAAUAACUGAAUUUUCACGCAGGAAAAACGAAGCAGUCAGCGGGCAGAAAGACUCCUUCUACAGCCCCUAUUUCUUUACCAGUCGCUAUGGAUACAAGAUGUGUGCACGCAUCUACUUGAAUGGUGAUAGCGCUGGAAGAGGUACACAUAUUUCAGUCUUCUUUGGCGUUCUGCCUAGUCAAUAUGAUGCCUCACUCCGCUGGCCAUUUAGCCAGAAGGUCACCUUCAUGUUACUGGAUCAAGAUUUUGUGUCGCACAUUACCGCCUCCUUCAUACCUGAUCCAAACAGCCACUCCUUCCAAGGAUGCCCCAUGUUCUGCUCGCUGGAGGAGCUAAAUAGACAUGCUUACGUGAGAAAUGAUGUCAUGUUCCUGAAAGUUAUUGUGGAUACUACUGGCCUGUAA